GGUGUGGUGCAUUUCCUACAGCAGGAAAAGUUCUUGAGGUUUUGGUGUCAUGUGGCACAAUUAGAUAUUCUCCUGCUACUUGGCUGCUGUGAAUCACACCCUUAGGUCUGGAAUACAGGACUGCAGGAUUCCCAAACCCUCUUGCACGCAGGGACAGCUUAAAGAGUGUAAUUUUAGUAUUGACAGAGUAAGAUGAGCACCAUCAUCAUUAAACACUCAGACCUGAAAUUACACGGGUGCUUUACUUUUGAGUUUAGAUUUUUUGCUCACUUCCCCUCCAACAUCAGCUGCUAUGCAAACUGCUCUCCCCAAGCAGGUUAAUUUGGGAGGGCUUUGAUGAGUGUCACAUCUAAACCUCGCUGCUUUCAGUUUUACCUUGUCGGGGCUCGGAUGGGAGCCGUGCUUGCAAGCUGCACAGCGACCCAAAGCAGGAGGCUGAGUUGCACCAUUAAUGACUGAAUGGGCUCUGCUGAGAAAGCUUCUCCUCAAACCAUGACAGCUGAUGAGUCAGAAGCUGGAGAGUUAGCUCUGGAGCCUCUCCUCACGUGCAAACUAUGUCUCUGUGAAUAUUCCCUGGAUAAGAUGACCACUCUUCAGGAAUGCAGCUGCGUCUUUUGUACGGCGUGUCUAAAACAGUACAUGGAGCUGGCAAUUCAAGAAGGUUGUGGUUCCCCUAUCACAUGUCCAGACAUGGUAUGCUUGAACCAUGGGACCCUACAAGAAGCAGAGAUUGCCUGUUUGGUUCCUGUUGACCAGUUUGAGUUAUACAAGAGGUUGAAGUUUGAACGAGAAGUCCACUUGGACCCCCAGAGAACAUGGUGCCCCACAGCUGACUGCCAAACAGUGUGCCACAUCGCACCGAGCGAGUCGGGAGCACCGGUGCCAGUGGAGUGCCCCGCCUGCCACCUGACCUUCUGCUCCUCCUGCAAGGAGCCGUGGCACGGGCAGCACCUGUGCCGGGAAAACCAAACGACUGCGGUACCGACCGAGCAGGGAUUCCUUAUUGGAGCAGAGACAGAGGCACCAAUUAAGCAGUGCCCAGUUUGUCGAAUUUAUAUUGAGCGAAACGAGGGCUGUGCUCAGAUGAUGUGCAAGAACUGCAAGCACACGUUUUGCUGGUAUUGUCUACAGAACUUGGAUAAUGAUAUUUUCUUACGGCAUUAUGACAGAGGCCCUUGCAGAAACAAGCUGGGCCACUCACGGGCUUCAGUGAUGUGGAACAGAACACAGGUUGUGGGGAUCCUCGUUGGACUAGGUAUCAUAGCGUUGGUGACCUCCCCCUUGCUGCUUGUGGCAUCUCCAUGCAUCAUCUGUUGCAUUUGCAAAUCUUGCCGGAGCAAAAAGAAAAAAUCCAGCCUGCCGACCAUCUAAAACUCUGUGUCUUUUUGAGUCUCCAUCUGUACAGCAUUCGUAUGUGAGGAAGCACAAUGGUUGUGUUUUGGUGCCAUACCUACCAAAUAAUGCUCCUUCUUUUUUUGCCAGUUCUUGGGAUAAGUGCCUAUUCUUUACAGGCUACUCUAUCACUAACAAGUCCAGAUUAUUGUGCAGUACAUACAGUUUAGGUUUUGCUUCCUGAAGAGGAAAACAGGACACCAUUCAGUCCUUCCUACCCUAGAUAUGAUCUACCAUUCAAGACUGGUAGAACAUUCCCAUUUUCCAUCAGCUGCACAUGACUUGAUCCUGCUGCAUUACUCUGUAUUUGCAGAUUCAGUCAUUACCGUUGUGCUUGCUGUUGGUUUUUGGUGACACUCAGAUUUCUCAGAAAGUUUUGGGUCUUUUGUGAAAGAGGGAGAGGGAAAAGCCUGAUUAGGUUCUUCUGUCUGAUAGCAUGUGUCCAGUUGAAUGUAACAAACCAUUAAGAAAAUAUGUUUGGUAGUUUCCUGGCAAUUGGCUGCCAUGGCAUUUCUUUCAGCAUUGAAAUCCAUUUGAUUUUUGCCAUUAAUUUCAAGUAAUUAAGAAGUAAAAAACCAACAAAACUGUUGCCAAGAUAGGGCUCUCUUUUGAGAGACUGGACCUUGAGAAAGCUGCUAUUCUUUUUCACAUCAAACGUGACAUAUCUACCAUGAAAUAUGAGGAAUAUGCAUAUUUCCCUACCAUUGGGCAUGCCUUUUGUCAGUACCAUGGGUGUAGAAAACUCACAGUGAAGGUAAUGUUGUAAGAAAGACUGUGAUACAGUUCCCAUUUUGUGCACAGCGUUGGGAUCCUGGUUGGGUGUGUGCAGAGUGGCGGCAUGGGUGCAGAUAUACCAAGUACAUAUGGGCAGUCAGUGUCUUUUUUACAACAGUUUACGUGGGGUGGCAGCAAGAACCCUGACAAAAAGUUAUUGAAACCAGGCUAAGCCAAGCCCUCCUUCAAAACCUUAUGGACCUGCUGAAGGGAAUACUUAAGAAAUGGUGUGUAAAUGUGACCUCCGUCCAUUGGUGGGUAUUUCUUUUGUCCUGCUCAAGGUUAACAAACUCUGUUAGUGAAAUUUUUUAGUUACUCUAAAUCUGGCAGGCUGUCAUUUAAUAAGUGCUUCAUUUUAAUUUGGUGCCUCACCACCAAUCAGUUCAAGUCCUGGUAUCAGUUACACCUUUAUAAGUUCCCUGAAAGCUCACUGAAGAGCUGGAAUUACUGCAGCUCUUCAGUCAGGAGUAGCUGAGAUCAGACUCUACUCCCUGGAGUUUAUUUCCUUAAUGGAUGGUGCUCCUCACAGCUGGGGCCAGUGGCGCUUUUGUUCUGGACUCCCGUCUGUGCAUUCUAUAUCUGUGGGAACAGAUUCAAGUUUGCACUGUAUAAUUGGUUGUAAUUCCAAACCCCUUUCCAUAAGGGCUGCAAGGUUGGAAGGAGAUGCUCAGCCCGAGCGUGGUGUCUGGCUCACGCUCUGCCCGGCUGCCCCUCUCCGAGCGUGGGUCAGCCGGGGAGUGCUGUGAGGGUGCUGUGAGUGCUGUCUGCGUGUGGUGUUUGGCCGAGCCUCAGGAACUUUGCCUUCUUGGCAGCUGUAAAUGUGACCUUUUUUUCUGUUUAACUUCGCUCUCUGGUUACUGUAACAAAAGUGGCAGGUUUUCUUUUGAGAAAGUGUAGUCUGUUGAGCAGACUAGCAAGGACAGAGGCCUUAAAUGAUACUGUCUGUUUUACUUUUUAAUUGAUUUCUUUUAUAAAUACUGUCUGACUUUGCUCCAGUGGCUGGAGGGCAGGCAGUGCCUGCCAGUGUGAAAGGCUGUAUUUAUUCUUCAUCCUCAGCUUUGAAGGGAAGCAGAACGGUCAACAGUACAUUCUAAAUGCAGAGUGCAAUGCAGGCAACUGCCAUUUAUAAUAAAUAAAGAAUGUUUUCUGUAUGUGUUUUCUUGAAGAGCACUAAUGGUAGUGCUUUGGGGUACUUGUGACAGAUUAAAGUGUCCAGCCCUUGGCUUUGCACUAUUUUUCUACCUACGUUUUUAUGGCACUACUGUCAUUUCCAUUUUAUUUAUGAACUUGAAGUUGCAAGUCUUACUUUAACAAAGCCUCAAGGACAAAGAUGUAGGAGCUGUACAGUCUCUUUAACCAUAACCAGCGUUGCAAUGUACCAAUAUCCUUUGCAUGUUAAAAUUUGAGCGUUUUUCAUGUUUUGUGAUCUUACCCAUGACUCAUGCAUCCUUUGCUAGUCUGGUUUCUUUCCUCGUCCUCUCCCUCCUUCUGUUGGCCUGUUUUUGCUAAAAUGCCUGUUGGAAUGAGGGUGGCAGAUCUUUUUUUCAUUAAUACUGUUGUGUUAAUGAAACUGUUAGGUUCUCCCUCUGCUAAAGAAAGCUGAAGGCAGCUGUCCUGCACCAGUUUAAGUGCUUGGUGGGCGUACCAAAACUGGUAUAAAUUAAUCAUGCAGGUGUUAACACAGCCUGGCAGUCUCAGUGCCAGUCCAGGCAUCUAAGAAAUCUAGAUGUGGAUUGAUAGUCAGGCUUUUGCUGGAGGUCUUUACACAAAAACUGGAUAUGGAGAACAUGAGCUACAGGCACCUCUUCCUUUGGCUGUGUAGGUGCAACAAAUGGACCAAGAAAGAAGCUCUAGACAUCUUAAGAGCUUCAAAUUAAAGCUUUACAACAGUGAUUUUUUUUAAAAGGCCGUGUCCAGUGCCCCAUGUGUCCUGGCUUUUCAUUGCAUGGGAAUACUUAAGCAUGUGCAUUAAGUAGACCCUGGCUUGGCCGAGUCAAGCAUUACCUGUGCUGAAGUGCUGGGAGCAGGAAAGCCUUGUUGCUUUGUUUUCCAGAAGGCAGCUAUUUUGCACCAACUGGCUAUGCUCACAGAGUUUCCAGAGAAACAUUUUACCAGGAAUCUUUUUACAGUGUUGGCUUUUGCUUUUGUGUUGCUUUGGUUUGUUUUUUAAUUUUGUAAGAGAUGUUAAAGUCACUUUAUAAAAGAUUUAUUGAAAGCAUGACAAAUAAUACUAGUAAUAAUUAGGGAGAACGAAAAAAGACAGGACUCUGACUACAUCUGACUCUUCUUAAUCAAGGUAUCUGUAAAUCCACUCUCCUGAGCUCCCUCUGUGUGAUGUAGUUGGUGCACAUCACCAACUAUCAGGCUUCACUGCUCUUUCCAUCUCUCUUCUUACCCUUGUGGCAGGUUGGUGGUGUGGGGGCAGCAGCCAGGGGAGAGCUCAGAGCUGUGGCAGUGCAGGUACCAAUUGCCCACCCUGGACUCAUCAACAGUUUGUCCUUGGGCCUUUAACCACUGAGAGACACCUUGGGAGUUUUGGGCCUUUAAUGUUACAUUGAGAGCAUUCACAGCUGUCUCUCUUGGAGAACAGAAGUGGAACGUACUCCAUUCCUUCUGAUCCAGGAGCAUUCAGACCUUAUGGAAAUUGGGCUCUAGGUGUUUAAAGGUCAGUUCCUAAACUUAAGAGACCAGUGCUAGAAACCUGGAUUUGUACUGCAUCUGGCCACAAAUCUCCAUGGACACAUAUCGCAUAAUUUCCCACAGUCACUGGAUCUGUGUCAAAUACAGCUGAGGACCCCACUCAGCAUUCCGUGUCCUUGUAUUAAAAUGAGCAUGAUGAUACCUGCUUCCAAAUCCAUCUCUUAAUAAAAAGAAGAUACUUGUCAUGCUACAGCAUAAGUGCAUCUCUGCAGUAUUUAUUCCAGAGCUAUAGUGGGUGCUCAGUGCUGCCCUUCAGUAAGUGAUGGUUUAUUUUUGGUGCAUGGGGUUACUUACCCCAAGGAAGGGCACAAGACGUAACAAUAAUGAAUGUUUCUCAGUGCUUUAAUGAUGCUAAAUGCUAUGUCUUGUUGUCUGUCCAGUAACACAGCAUGAAGUCCAAAGAUACAUUUAAAUGUACAAAGUUUACUUGAAUGAACUAAGAGAAACUGGAUGUUGCCUCCAUAUUUGCAUGAAGAAAUAAAUGCAAGUGGACAGGUACAGCUGCAUUUCCACAAAGGGACAAUAAAAUCAACUUUUGGCCACUCCGUUUUUUGGUACCACAGUGGGUGGUUGUGCUGUAGUGCCUGCUGCUUUAAAAAUUUGAAAUCUGUUUUGCACUGUAAUCUCCUUCUCCCAGUCAUUCUUUCUCAAACUAAUUCCAUCUAUGAUCUUAUUUUUCAUCCUGUAUUUCAGGCCAAAGAGUCUUAGAGCAAAGCUAGUAGAUUUCUUUGUAUGAGGAUAAAAAUCUUCCAGCCAUUUUCUCCCAGGUUUUAAAAAGAAAUUUGAUGCUGAGUUACCUGACCAAAGUUAGAAAUUCCAGACUUGGCUUGUUUAGAAAAACUUAUUGAGACUUAACAAGUUCUCUUGUAACACUUAAAUAAGGGCUGCUUUGUUAGAGCUCAUCGAUAAGGGCACCAUGCAGCUUUUGAGCUUCACAGAAGAGAUGCUUCUGUUGUUAAGCAGACUUCUUUGGAAAUGUGCUGGGGGGAAAAAAACAAAACAAAACCCUACAUCCUGUAUACAUAUUUUUAUUAUAUAAAUAAAAAAUACUUAUCUUGCAUAGAUUCAUAAUUUAAGGAUUCAAACUCUCCGGAGGUUUUAUAGGGUAUACUUACCCAGGAAGAUAACCUUACAAAUAUGCUGAGGCAGUUGAACAGAGUGUGCUAGUUAUAAAACAGUUGUCAGACAUCUCUCACACAUGAAUGUGUGGGAUAAGAUCAUAAUUUACAUGGCUCAAAAUAAAGAUGUGAAAAUUUACCUUUCCUAGAACAGCAAGAGUUGGUUCUUCUGCAGUCUUCUGGAAGGUUAACUUACUGCUAAGACUCUGGAGAACUUCAGUCUCGUUUUAAUUUGUCCUCUGGUUAGCAAAGUGAGAGCUGAAUGAUGUUGCCGAACAGGAAGCCCAAAGAUCUGUCUUGUGUCACGACACUCAAGUUUCUCAUAACCAAUAUGGUUUUAUAAUUUAUUAUUAUAAUUUAUGCAAUGCAAAUAUAAUUUAUAAUUAGUAAUUAUAAAAUACUAAGGAUGAAGUAUCAUUGCCUUUAUCAUACGAUAUUUAUUUCAAUUGCAUUCAUACUGGAAGGCUUUUCUCUUCUGCUUCCCAUAGAGAAGGUCAUGGUGCACCUGCAAAGUAAAUUUCUGUGAUAUGGUGCAGUUCACAGUAAAUGUUUCCUACUAUUUUGUAGUUAUAUCAGAGGUUUUUUUAUGAUCCCUCAAGUUAGUUCUUUGAAUCGACCAAAUCUCUACUGUUAGGAAAGGUGAUUUCCUAGCAAUGAAUUAUAUUGACCAUCACAAUCUGAGCUAUAAAAGACGAUAGUGAUUGACAAGGUCCACCAGCUCUUUCGAGGACACAACCUCAUUCUUCUCCCUUCUUCCCAAGAAACUUCAUCUUUUCUUGGAUGACAAUUAAGGAUGUCAGUAAUUUGUUUGUGCCGUCUGGAUGUCCAGAUAGAAGCUGCAGCAUCUGGUGGCCAUGUGCCAGGAGAUCCCAGACAAGUUGAGUGUGCGAUGCUGCAGCAUGUGUGCAGUGAGUUGCUUAAAUUUCAAAAAGGUGCCUGAGCUUUACAGCUUCCUGGGGCCCGUGCAGGAUGUGGUGGAUGUGAUGCACAAGGGACUCGUCCAGGUGAGGCUUCAAGUGUCACCAGCUCCAUGGCACAUGUUGUGCCGGGCUGUCUCACCAUGUUCGAGUGCAUCCCGGGUCUUCAUCAGGGACCCUAUCUCAAGCUUGCCCUUUCCAUAGCUACCUGCCCACCUCCAAAAUGCCCCAGAACCCAGAACAAAUCUGUUCAUUUUCCAAGUCUCUUGCGGCUGGCCUGAUCCAAUUUCACAGAAACUUCAGUUCACAUGAGCUAUUUGGAGCUCAGCUGGUCUGAUCAUUUACUUUUCCCUAAUGAGCAAGGCUUGGGAAUGAAGAGAAGCAGAACUGUUCCAUACGCUGGUAUUGGCAUCACAGGCACCAAGGGUCGCUGUGUGAGAGCUCUUUUGACUGUCCCAGCAUUGCUUAUUUCUGAAAAAAGCCUGUGUUUUAAAUGUGUGUACAUGGAAGUGUCCAAGUCUGGGUGUGUUUGUGUGCGUGGUGUGAACCAGCAGCGGCCACAGACCCCUGUCCUGCCCCUCACAGAUUUUACAUUCUGUUUAUCUGGUUUUUUGGGUUUUUUCUUUUCCUCUGGGUAAUACACUUUCUUCACCACUUUUCUUCUGGUGAAGGGCAAAAGGGUUUGAUCUUUGUAAGAUUUGUUAAAAUAUUUUUGUGUCUAUAAGAAAGCUGACAUGUAUAAAGAAAUAAGUGCUUUUGUAAAUUUUUUUUUGUGGUAUGAUUCAGCAUUUAAAUGUUUUACAGAUGCAGUUUUUUGCACUCUCUCUGCAUAUAUUCAUAAAAAUUAUAUUUAUUUUCUGUCUUUAAGGUUUACUUUGGGUUUUUUUUUCCCCUGAUGUUAUAAAAUGCAAUAUGUGCAACAUUAAAAAAUCAGUGUAAAGACAUCGUCUCAUUUUGUUGUAAUCUUCAACUGCCUUUAAAAAGAUAACAUAGAAAAUUUUUGGAAAGAAUUUGAAUACAUCAGAUGUGCUUAAUGGAAGCUUUGAGGAUAAAAGAAGGUAAAAAAGCUUGAA